CGACUGGUGGUCUGCCUGGACCUGGACGGCACGCUGGUGACGACCUUCUCCCCCGCGCGCGUGCCCAUCCUGCCGCGCGGCGCGGUGGCCUACAGCGUGGGCCGCGGCUCGCGCCUCAACCCCUCCGGCGUGGUCGUGGUCGAGCGCCCGGGCCUGGGCGAGUUCCUGGCGCGCUGCGUGCGCUGCGCGGAGGUCGUGCUCUUCACCGCCGGGCUGGCCGAAUACGCGGUGCCCAUCUGCGACGAGCUGGAGGCGCGCUACCCCGCCUGCUUCCACCACCGCCUGUACAGGCCGGCCACCGUGCCCAGCGCCGAUUACCCCUGCGUCAAGGACCUGGCGCGGCUGGGGCGGCCGCUGGGGCGGACCGUGCUGGUGGACGAUACGCCCCUGGCCUUCUCCUUCCAGCCCGACAACGGCAUCCCCGUCCUGCAGUUCAGGGGCGACGUGGACGACCGGCUGCUGAAUGAGGCGCUGGCGCCGCUGAUCGAGACCCUGGCGGCUGCGCACGACGUGCGCAGCGUGCUGCACGCCCGCUUCAACAUGCGGGCCUGGUUC